ACGUUUUCGUUUGUUUGAUUGUCAUCUUUGGUAUUUGUGUGUAAAAUUUGAGACCCAGAAAUAAGUGCGUAGCUUAUUUUUUUCUAUUUGCAGGAAGUAUUAAAAAUAUAUUUUUUAAAAUUUGUGCUUUUUGCCAAUUGGUGGAGUGAAGUUAAAUAUUAAAGUGUAAAAUUCUAUUUUGAGCAUAAGUUGACAAAAAUGAGUGACGAAGAAAGGGAUAUUGACAUUGAAAGUGAUGAUGAUAAUGAUUCAGACACUGGUGCACAGUCUUCAAGGCAUGCAAGUGCACAAAAUUUUACACAGGCCGAAAAACGUGCACACCACAAUGCUUUGGAAAGAAAAAGACGUGAUCAUAUUAAGGAAAGUUUUACAAGUCUUCGUGAAGCAGUGCCCACCCUUAAGGGUGAAAAGGCUAGCCGUGCGCAGAUAUUGAAGAAAACGACUGAAUGCAUACAAGAAAUGAGACGAAAAAUACAUUCAAAUCAAAAAGAUGUAGACGAUAUAAAGAAACAAAAUGCAAUACUUGAAGCGCAAAUUCGUAUGUUGGAAGAGGCUAAAAAGGGCUAUGUGAUAGAUCCCAACGAAUAUCAGCAAUUGAAUCAAGAGUAUCAAGCAACAGCUGCAGAUAGCUCGGAUGGUGAUGAACAAGAUUUUAGCCGUCGCAGCAAAAAGAUGAGAACCUCUUAUCAGACAUAGGCAUUGACAGCCCCAAAAAUCAUGACAUUGCUACCACUAACUACACAACAGCGCAAAUAGCGUCCAAAUAUUUUGUAGGUGUCCCACCCAUAUUCGUAUUUACAAGAACAAUCCCUUCACUUAUGAGAGACGAAUCAGCCACUAAGCUAAAAAUAAGUACGGUGUAAUGAUGAUGGAAAGUAAAUUCUUUUACAAUACUUUUAACUAGUUUAUAGAUUUAUGCUCUUAGAUUUUAUUUACAUUAUAAAAAGAAAAUCACAAAUAUAUAUAUUUUUUAUGUUUACAAAAAUA